AUGGAAAUAAGAUAGUAAGAGCCUCUAGUAGGCACAAACUAUACAUAAAAAGCUAAUAUACUAGAGUAUUAACAAGCAACUGCCAGCAAUAGCAAUAAAUAUAUUCCAUUUACUGGUAAAUUCAUCCGUCCCUAGCAUAAAGACCAUUAAAAGACUCACUCGCCCUAGUAGUAGAGAGGAGAUGAACAGAAACAGCUUGAAAACGGCAUCAAUAGCACAGGCAAUAAUAUUCCAUCGUAGUAAAAUUAUUUGAAAAAUGCCAUAAAUGGAUCAAUUAAUAUUUCUCAUAACCCAAGCUCAACAAAGAAUAAUGUGAAUGCAACGUUUCAGAUAGCUAAUGCAGAAGCCAUUUCAUAAUAAUAGAUUUAGCAGUAGCUGCCUUAACUAAGUGGAAAGCAUUUUAAAAGCAAGAGCAGUAUUAUGAAGAAAAAUAAUUUAACAUACAUGAAUCCAUUUGCGAAUUAGUUUUCAGAGAACUCUGAAACUAAUGUCACCACUCACACCAAUCAAGAAUUGAUAAAUGGAAUCAAUGCAUUUAAUAGCAAUGAUGGCUUGAAGAAUAGCUCUGAGAUGAAGUCGAAGAGAGACUCACUCCAAGAAAAAGUUUACAAUCAUUUGAUUAAUACAAAAUCGCUGCCAUAGCUAGGAAAUGUAAAUAACAGAAACAAUCAAAUUCAUAAAGAUUAUGAUUAAGUAUGGCAAUAGUAGUAAUUUAAUUCCACUACUAAUAAUAACAACAACAUUCUUAAUCAGAGGUCUUAACUCACUGUUCAUAAGCUCUUGAACUAUGGCCAAAAGGAAACACAAGAUGGAUUCAUAGAUCCUAAUCAGCCCCUUCUCGCAAUCCAAUCUAAGAAUUUGAAAUUUAACGUUAUCAAAUAAGGUUCAGGUAAUCCUACUUAGCAUACAAAUGAUAAAAUCCAAGAAAUGCAAAUUAAUAAUGGUUUUUGUACUCCUCAAGCAAAUACCAUUGUGUCGAGUCCAUUGCAAAAUAUUAUGAAUCCUCUCACUAAUCUUAACUUUGAUGAUAAAAAAGAUGUGAGAGAUUGGUUUUAGGAGGGGAUUGAUGCAUAUAGAUAGAGGUUACAUCUUUACAAUUUUAGAUCAAAACACGUGGUAGUUUCAAAACCUUCUGGUCAUGCCGAAACAAAUGCGCUAUCACCUAUUCAUUCAAAGAAUUAAGUUAUGACAUACGACUACUCCUCUGGUAAUUUUUCUACCCCUUCAGAUACAAUUAAGGUCACCAAAAAGGAAUUAGUGUAAAGAUAUGAAAUUCCACCUCAGUAAUAAUAGUAAAAUACCUAUAAUCCUCAUCACAGAUAGUCAUCAAGCUAGAUAAGAGAAUUGGUUGAACAAGAAGCACUCAAUAAAUUAAGAAUCGAUGUUCCGAAAGAUAAUUACAACAACAACCUUAAUAAUAUUAAAAUGCAUCAUAAAGACCUUAGUGGUAUAAACGGAAACGGUUAGAUAAUGAGUAAUAACAAUAAUCACAUUAGAAAUCACAUUAAAAUAAAUAAAAAGAUCGAGGAUAAAAUAAGAGGUAUUCUGAAUAUCGGGGAUGCAAAAAUAUCUAUAUAGAUUGUACCUGCUACUUAGAAAGGUGAUAGUACAUCGUUUGAUCCUAAUAAAAAAGCACCAAUUAUGAUAAGAAUUAAAUAGGAUGAUUUCUUAAGUCAAAAUAUCCUACAAGAUGAGGAAUAUGAGAUACCAAUUAACAACAGAUUAUUAGUAAAUACGAGAGGUUCAGAAUCGAGACCAAUAUUUUCUCAAAAAUAUAAAUCUAGACAAUAGAUAAAAACUCUUGACUAAGUGCAUUCACAUGAAGCAAACUCUACCUAGCCCUUUGAACAUAAAAUGUAAAUUACUGAAAAUGCUAUCAAAAUUGUUAGGUAGCAGUAUAAGGAAGCCUAGAAGAAAAAUAUGGCUAAUUUAGGUCUAGCAUAAACGCAAAAUGUUUAAUUCAAUUCUUCAAAUGGGCACCUACUUUUGAAGCACAAGGGUCUCCUCUCAAUAGACGAUGAUUUCAGAGGUUAAAAUUAUCCAUAGACUAAAAUCAAAAUCCUUCACUAAAUUGAUGAUAAAUUACUUGAAACAUAUUAUAAACAUCCAGUAAACAAAGUUAUCAACACAAUCAAUCAGUUUAUAGCCAAUAUUCUCAAGAAUAAAAAUCUGUCAAGCAUGCCGUAAUCAUAGAUAUAAAGUGAGUUCAAGAAAUUCAACCUCGUAAUUCCUAAAAAUUAGAAUAUUAAUGGUUCAUAUCUAAGAUCUAAGGAAUUUUUGAAUAAUGCCAAGUCUUAAUUGUAUAGCAAUUUGUUCUCAGUCAUAAACCAGGAAAAUGAAUUUACUCCUAAAGUUUAAGAAACCAGCUCAUAUAAGUAUUUUAUCGGGAAGGGAAAUAAUGGAUAUUUAGUAAAAAUGUUGUUUAAAUAAAGAGUAUCUUCCUGGUGUUAAGUGACUAAGAAAAAAGGUCUUGAGGAGACAACACUUGAAAACGUACAUUUUAUCUGGACUCAAAUUAAAAGAUAGCAUAUAAUGAACUGCUUUGAUCAACUUAUCAAAUCAAAUCAGGAUACUAGAGACUCAACUACUGUGGCUGGAGGAAAGUUGAGCAAGAGCAAUUUGAAUACAAGAAGUUUUUCUGGAGAUUAAUCUGCCACUGAUGUUAGAUAAUAACUUGAUAAUACUGUUAGAGUCUAUGGUAAACUUGAGAACAACUAUCAUCUUGCAAACAAAAAAGCACUUUUCAUGAACAUGAAGAAUUACUAUGAAGCAAUUGACGAAGAUCCAUUUAUUGCGUUGCCUUUGACUUUUCACAUUAAGGAUGGAUUGAGUGACCCUAUUUUCAGCCAAUUCAAGAAAAUAUUUGAUGACUACUCAAGAAAGCCUCAAAUUAAGAAUGUUUGGAUUGUAAAGCCUGGAGAAAAUACAAAUAGAGGCACAGGUAUUUAAGUUUGUAAUAAAUUAGCAGAUAUCAUAUAAAUAAUCUAGUAAAACAAUGUCGAUCAGUUCUAUCAGACCUUCAUCAUUUAAAAGUAUAUCGAAAGACCACUUUUAAUAAAAAAGAGAAAAUUUGACAUUAGAUGCUAUGGUUUAUUCACGACUGUUAAUGGAUAUUAAAAAGGAUAUUUCUAUAAUGAUGGCUAUAUAAGAACAUCUUGUAAAGAGUAUAACACAAAUAAUCUCAAUAAUAAAUUUAUCCAUCUAACGAAUGAUGCAGUCCAGAAAAAAAGUGAUGACUAUGGGAAAUUUGAAAAUGGAAAUAAGAAACUAAUUUAAGAUACUUACAGGGCAGUUUAUGGUAAGCUAGAUCCAUUCAAAAGGCUUCAUGGAUUCGAAGUAUUCGGCUAUGAUUUUAUGAUUGAUGAAGACUUUAAAAUAUAUCUGAUUGAAGUUAACACUAAUCCCUGUUUGGAGACAUCUUGUCCUUUACUGGCUAGGAUUAUCUCAGAAAUGAUUGACAACUCUCUGAGAAUAGCCUUUGACCCUAUGUUCCUGAAUUACUCUUCAAAUAACAAUACCAAUCCACUAAAUGCAAAUCAAGCUUAAUCUUAAGAUUAGGCUAAGAAUCAGAAUCAAACCUCUUAUUAGUAAUCACAAUAGUUGCAACAAUAAAAUUAAUAAAAGAAAUAGCAAGCAAUAUAGCAAAACGAUUUGAGCAUUCCUUUAAUUAAGUAUGAAUUAGUCUUUGAUGAGAAAGUUGAUGGUCCUUAUCUAAAGCAAAAUGUCAUUUCUAAAUACAAGAAUGAUGAUAUAAUAAUAGUUGAAGAAGAUGAGGAGAUAUAGGAUGAGUUCGAUGGUGAUGAUGAUAAAUUAGAAAAUAGUAACAAAAAACCUGCAACUAACUAUUGA